GGACGCGCACAGACGGUGCCGUGCCGGGGGAUCAGGGCGGGCUGCGGCCUAGUGAUGGCGGCUCCCCCUCCCCGGUCAGUGGACAAAGGAGUGCGGCCCGAGCCGGCGCAGUAGGGCGGGGGGGAGUCUGCGCCGUGCCGCAAUCCCGCUCCCCCCGCUGUGCCCUAUAUACAGUAUUUUCUAUUUUGUACAUACAUUGUUUUGUAUAUACUGUAUAUGAUGACUUCGGUGGGAAAUGAACGCACCCGGGGCACUCGGGAAAAAACACAGAUUCCAACUCCACAGACACAGCCACAGAAACAGGUACAGGCAACGGCUGAGCAGAUUCGCCUCGCACAGAUGAUCUAUGAUAAAAACGAUGCAGACUUCGAGGACAAAGUGAAACAGCUAAUGGAGGUGACGGGGAAGAACCAGGACGAGUGCAUAGUGGCGCUACACGACUGCAAUGGAGAUGUGAACCGAGCCAUUAAUAUACUACUGGAAGGAAACUCUGACACGACGUCCUGGGAAACUGUUGGGGGCAAAAAGAAAAGCAUCGGCAAAGAGAGCUCUGAAAACAAAGAGAACCGGGAGAAAAGAGGAGACAGAGAAAUGAGCCGCGGUCGCGGCACUUCCAACAGACGUGGCCGUGGAGGGAGCCGUGGGAGAGAGUUUAGAGCAGAAGAAAAUGGAGUGGACAGCGGUCCUGGCGAGAGAGCUGCGGACCGUGGGAGACGUGGCCGGGGGCGAGGAUUCGGUGGACGCGGCCGAGGCAGGGGAGCAGGAAGAUUCUCGGCACAAGGGAUGGGGACCUUCAACCCUGCAGACUACACAGAGCCCAGCGCCCAUGAUGGCUUUGGGGGAAAACCAGAGGUGUGGGAGACUGGUCAGAGCGAUGGAGACGAUGGAACUGGCACAUGGAGAAAUUCUAUUGAAGAAUGGACGGCAGAGGACUGGAAUGAAGAUCUUUCUGAAACAAAGGUUUUCACUGCUUCCUCUGUUCCCUCAGAGAACCACAUCACCCCAGGACAGAGCAUUGACUUGGUAGCCUUACUCCAGAAGCCGCAGUCAGGCAGCGAAACGGAAUCUGUGGCUUACGACGGUCCCGCUCAGCAGCAGAACUUUGGCCAGGCCCUGGUGUUCACCAACUCCCAGCACAGCUCCCAGAGCGCACCGGCAGUCAGCAGCACCAGUGCGGUCAGCAGCUUCACUCCUCAGAGUCUGUCGUCUGUCCUUGGCUCUGGGUUUGGUGAGCUUGGGUCUUCAAAACUGACAAACUCUGCCGGCUCCCAGAUUCUGGAGCAGCUGAAGAGUCCGGGAUUGGGGCAAUUCACAUCCCAGAAUUCUCAGCAAACUGGCAGCAACACAACCUCCUCUUCUUCCUGGGACAUAAAGCCUUCUGCGCCACCGUCAUCGGUCCUCGCUCAGUUUGAUUUCAAAUCCCAGCCAGAGCCCUCGCCGGUCCUGAGUCAGCUCGCUCAGCGGCAGCAGCACCCGAUGCAGUCUGUGCCAGCGCAACCUCCUGGACUGGAGACCUUCUCCCCCCAGGUGAAGCUGCGGGAAACCUCUCCGGUGGACAGCACCACCAGCGUCGGCAAAAUGCUGCAGCUCCCCAGUCUGUCCCUGGACUCACAGGCAAUGUCUGCCCAACAAACGCAGCAGCAGAAGCACCUCAAGCCCCAGAAACGGAGGAUACCACCCACUUCAAAGAUUCCCGCGUCCGCUGUGGAGAUGCCAGGAUCAGCUGAAGUCACAGGGUUAAACGUGCAGUUUGGAGCCCUGGAGUUUGGUUCAGAACCCACCUUGCCAGAGUUUGGCUCAAACGCAAGUCCCGAUAAUGGAAGUCAGACACCCAACAACCUGUAUUCAAAGACCAUAAGUGACGCCUUGAAUACCUCUCUGCCGAUAUCCAGUACUGUGCAGGAGCCCAGCUACACCUCGUCUGUAAUCACCACUUCCAGCCACAGUAGCUCCUCGCAGAGCACCAGUCCAGUGACCAUCUCCUCCUCUUACGACCAGACGUCUGUGCACAGCAGAAUAGGAUACCAAAGCUCCUUGCCAGCCCCUGAGGUGGUGCCAGUCACUAAUGGACACAAUGGAAUACGGGCACAAGUGUCUUUGAACACUACUCCUUCCAUCUCCUCUGUGAAGUCUGAGAAUUCCCAGAGCCUGCCUUCUGUAGGAUCUCUGUCCGGUCCGGCUUCCACCACCUCCUCUCUCCUCCCGACAGUGUCUCAGCACUCAUCGGCUGUCUCGCUGUCCAGCGUCCCGCAGCCGAGUGACCUCUCAUCUAGCUCUCUGGCACAGCUCAACAGCACUUUGUCCGGGCACCAAAACAGCCUUCCUACAGCGUCCGUAUUGUCCUCAACCGUAUCUCACGCGCACACGAAUGUGGAAAACACGGUGUCCCUCCAGCCCACCACAACCUACUCUACAGCGCCUACGUCUGUGACCAGCACCUCUUCCAUUGUUAGCAUAGCCAGCAGCAUCAACACUACAAACAGCUUGGGUCUGAGCGUCCCCAUUGUCAGCGUCCCUGCCGCCGCCAGCACCCGGGCUGCUCCGCUAGUGUCUUCAGGAAAAGCUCCUCCGAACCUCCCCCAGGGCGUGCCUCCUCUGUUACACAACCAGUACAUUGUAGGACCCGGAGGCCUGCUGCCUGCAUACCCACAGAUUUACGGGUAUGAUGAUCUCCAAAUGCUUCAGUCCAGAUUACCAAUGGAUUACUACGGAAUCACAUUUCCCGCACCGGCGACUCUGACCGGUAGAGACGGAGGUCUUGCAAGCAACCCAUACUCAGGUGAUGUAGCCAAGUUUAACCGCGGUGAAUCUGCCUCUCCGGCUCCGGCCACCACGCUAGCCCAGCCUCAGCAGAAUCAGACGCAGACGCACCACACGGCUCAGCAGCCGUUCCUGAACCCAACCUUGCCGCCGGGCUACAGUUACACAGGAUUACCUUACUACGCUGGAGUACCAGGAGUACCGAGUGCUUUCCAGUAUGGCCCCACCAUGUUUGUUCCUCCUGCAUCAGCCAAGCAGCAUGGGGUUAAUCUGAACACGGCGUCCGCGCCCUUCCAGCAGGCCGGGGGAUACGGGCAGCACAGCUACGGUGCAGUCCAUUUUCCCAUAGGAUACGAUGAUCUGGCCCAGGGGACGACGGCUGGCGAUUACGGCAAGGGAGGGUACAGCGGGUCAGCCCAAGCACAAAACAAGUCUGCGGGCACUGGACCGGGCAAAGGGGUGUCUGUGAGUUCCAGUAACAGCGGAGUACCCGAUAUCAGCGGCUCUGUCUACAACAAGACUCAGGCGUUUGACAAGCAGGGAUUCCAUGCAGCCACACCGCCUCCCUUCAGCCUUCCCUCUGCUCUCGGAUCCACCGGGCCCUUAAACCCCGGCGCCGCUGCCGGAUACGCACCAGCUCCUUUCCUGCAUAUUUUGCCUGCUCAUCAACAACCUCACUCUCAGCUGCUUCAUCACCAUCUUCAGCAGGAUGCUCAGGGUGGAUCUGGUCAGCGCAGCCAAGCGAACUCCAUGCAGCAGAAGACUCAGGCAAACAAGACCGCCUACGCCAGUUCCCCAUACUGGACAAACUAACGCAUUUCACAGCAACAGAGGGAGGAGUAUGCUAGUGCGCAUUCCCAGCCCACCACCAUCAUCAAUUUGAAUACUUUACAGAAGAAACAACUGUGAUCAGCCAAAAUGUCUGUGCGGGAACAGUCUGCGAACACAUCCUUAGUGUGACACUUGCCCGCUUUCUUUUGGUUUGCUGGUGUAUGUAAUAUAUUUAUGUAUGUAUUUGUAAAUGUAAUAGAGCCUAAAUGUGGUUUUCUGCAUUUUGCAGUCCUUGUUUUUUUUUUGAAGGGGGCAUUUGAAUCUAACACCUGCAUCUGUGCAAAAAUAUAUAAUAUAUAUAUAGUUUUCUUUUUGUUUUACGCACAUUGGUUUGUAAGAAAAGUGCCAUUUUAAAAAAAGAAAAAAGAAAAUCUGAAAAGCCUCUUAUUUAAAUCCGAUAAAUGUUACCGACAGAUUAAUUACUAGGUUUCUGUCUAUUUUUUCCCCCCUCUUUAUUUUAUUAUAUAUAUUUUUUUUUUCCCAUCACUCAUCAAGGGAAAUUAAUUUGGAACCAGGACGUUUAUAUUAAAGAACUGUUGUCCCCGUACACUUCUGUCCGUUGUCCCUAUCAUAACGUCACAUUUUUAUUUUUUUAUUUUAAAUAAAACCUAAGGAUCAUCUGCAGUUAA